AUGGUUGACUCGGUCACGGUAAUAAACUACCUUCACAUGAUGACUGAUGAUAUCAUCUUACAUGAGAAUGAAGGUGACACAGUGAUUGAUGAUAACAUCUUACAUGAGAACGAAUGUGACAAAGUGAAUGAUGACAUCUUACAGGAGAAUGAAGGUGACAUGAGUGAUGAUCACAUCUUACAUGAGAAUGAAGAUGACAUGAGUGAUGAUCACAUCUUACAUGAGAAUGAAGAUGACACGAGUGAUGAUAACAUCCUACAUGAGAAUGAAGGUGACACAGUGAAUAAUGACAUCUUACAUGAGAAUGAAGAUGACAUGAGUGAUGAUCACAUCUUACAUGAGAAUGAAGAUGACAUUAGUGAUGAUGACAUCUUACACGAGAAUGAAGAUGACAUGAGUGAUGAUAACAUCUUACAUGAGAAUGAAGAUGACAUGAGUGAUGAUCACAUCUUACAUGAGAAUGAAGAUGACAUGAGUGAUGAUGACAUCUUACAUAAGAAUGAAGGUGACAUGAGUGAUGAUAACAUCUUACAUGAGAAUGAAGGUGACAUGAGUGAUGAUAACAUCUUACAUGAGAAUGAAGGUGACAUGAGUGAUGAUAACAUCUUACAUGAGAAUGAAGAUGACGUGAGUGAUGAUAACAUCUUACAUGAGAAUGAAGGUGACAUGAGUGAUGAUCACAUCUUACAUGAGCAUGAAGAUGACAUGAGUGAUGAUAACAUCUUACAUGAGAAUGAAGGUGACAUGAGUGAUGAUCACAUCUUACAUGAGCAUGAAGAUGACAUGAGUGAUGAUAACAUCUUACAUGAGAAUGAAGGUGACAUGAGUGAUGAUCACAUCUUACAUGAGCAUGAAGAUGACAUGAGUGAUGAUAACAUCUUACAUGAGAAUGAAGGUGACAUGAGUGAUGAUCACAUCUUACAUGAGAAUGAAGAUGACAUGAGUGAUGAUCACAUCUUACAUGAGAAUGAAGGUGACAUGAGUGAUGAUCACAUCUUACAUGAGAAUGAAGAUGACAUGAGUGAUGAUCACAUCUUACAUAACAAUUAA